AUGGCUAUGCUUUUGAUGAUGCUUGGUCACAAUCAACGUUUUUCGGUCGUUAAGCGUAGAUUUCAACAUUCGAAACAAACAAUUCAUAAAUAUUUUCAUGAAGUAUUGUCAAGAAUGAUGGAGUUUGCUAAAGAGGUUAUAGUACCAACAUCUUUUAAUCCUAAUCCAAAUAUUCCAGGGAAUCACAAGAGAUUACGACGAGUUUUUAAGGGAGCGGUUGGUGCACUUGAUGGAACCUUAAUACAUGCUAUUGUCCCUAUUGAAAAACAACAUUUGUAUAGAGGGAGAGGAAAGGGCGAGUGUUAUCAAAAUGUUUUGGCAAUAUGUGAUUUCAACAUGGUAUUUACUUUUCUCGUAGCCAGUUGGGAAGGAGUGGCACACGAUUCUAGAAUAUUGUCUGAAUCUUUAUCAAAUUCUAAUGCACCGUUUCCACUUCCUCCUCCAGAUAAAUAUUAUCUAUGUGAUGUUGCCUAUGCAUACACUCGAGGAUUUAUGGCACAAUAUCGAAAUGUGAGGUAUUGGCUUGGAGAUUUUCGCCGAAGGCGUGCAUUGACCGAUAAAGAACGAUUCAACCAUGCACAUGCAAAACUUAGAAAUGUUAUUGAACGUGCUUAUGGUGUAUUAAAAAAACGUUUUCCAAUAUUAAAGAACAUGGCCCCCUUUUCGUUGGUUACACAACGAAAUGUCACGAUUGCAUGUUUUGCGCUUCACAAUUUUUUAAGGAAAGAGUGUUCAAGUGAUGAGCUUUUUGAUGAAUAUGAUCGCCCAAAUGUAAGCCUUCAAAAUAGAGAAGAAGAAGAUGGUGGUGAAGAUGGAGAAGACGAGGUAGCACGACAUGGAAGUUCAGCAGAUCAUGAAUUCAUGAGUCAACUUCGAGAUCAAAUAGCCCAAGAAUUAAUGCAAAACAAUGUACUUUAA